GACUGCUGCGUCCACUACAACUUCCUCAAGCUAAGCGCCAUUUUCGGCGUUGUCACGGGACUAAUGUUACAGCAUGCUGUUGUCAAACAGAUAAUAGUAGACUAGUAUUUCGCGUUGUAAAGCCUCUUUUUCAGUAUUCCUUAACAAUGGGACGAAAAAAGAAGAAGCAGAUGAAGCCAUGGUGCUGGUACUGUAAUCGAGACUUUGAUGAUGAAAAGAUCCUCAUUCAGCAUCAGAAGGCAAAGCAUUUUAAAUGCCAUAUUUGCCACAAGAAGUUGUACACUGGGCCGGGCUUGGCUAUUCAUUGCAUGCAGGUACACAAAGAGACAAUUGACAGCGUACCAAAUGCAAUUCCUGGAAGAACAGACAUCGAGCUGGAGAUCUAUGGUAUGGAGGGGAUUCCAGAGAAAGACAUGCAGGAAAGAAGACGGACGUUAGAACAGAAAUCACAAGAGAGUCAAAAGAAGAAGUCAAACAAUCAGGAUGACUCUGAUGAAGACGACGACGAUGAUGAUGAACCAGGACCAUCAGCACAGCAGGUUGCUGCUGUCCAGCCCCAGGCAGGCUACGCUGCUCCAAUGGCACAGCUUGGGAUGCCUCCUGUGGCUGGCGCACCUGGGAUGCACCCUGGAGGAUAUCAAGGAAUGCCUCCUAUAAUGCCGGGCGUUCCUCCCAUGAUGCACGGCAUGCCUCCAGCCAUGCAUGGAAUGCCACCAGGCAUGAUGCCAAUGGGUGGAAUGAUGCCUCCCAUGAUGCCAGGGAUGCCUGGUAUACCCCCCGGAAUGCCACCCCACAUGGCUCCAAGGCCAGGGAUGCCCCAUAUGGCCCAAGCUCCCUCAGUAGGAGCGAUACCCAGUCGACCGGCAGCGCCAGUGGCCCAGCCCGCUGUCACCAAACCUCUCUUCCCCAGUGCGGCACAGAUGGGCUCUGGUGUUCAUAGCAGCACAGCAGCCGCUUCCUCUCCACCUGCAGACCUUCAGUCUGUCUCCUCCCAGCCUCCCUUUCCUAACACACCACAAGCCCAGCAGAGCACUUCAGGAGCUGCAGCGUCAAACUCCCACAGUACAGCCGCCUCCUCCGAUCCUCCCAAAGCAACAUUCCCCGCCUACACCCAGCCCUCUGUCUCUUCUUCCUCUUCCACUUCUUCUUCUUCUAACCCCUCUAGCAGCACUGUGGCCAAACCCCCAGCCACAGUGGCUACUAAGCCUGCCACCCUCACCACCACGAGUGCAACUAGUAAGUUGAUCCACCCUGAUGAGGAUAUCUCACUGGAGGAGAUGAAGGCCCAGUUGCCCCGUUACCAGCGUCUUAUACCCAGGCCGGGCCAGGCCCAUGCGGCUGCUCCCCCAGUGGCGGCUGUGGGCAGCAUAAUGCCCCCACAGCAAGGCAUGCCACCACAGCAGCCUGGCAUGAGGCAUCCCAUGCAUGGUCAGUAUGGUGCUCCUCCUCAGGGCAUGCCAAGCUACAUGCCUGGAGGGAUGCCUCCAUAUGGGCAGGGUCCUCCUAUGGUGCCCCCUUACCAGGGAGGCCCUCCUAUGGGCAUGAGGCCACCCGUCAUGUCUCCAGCUGGACGCUACUGAAGCAGCAAAGCAGCCACCACAUUAGGUUUGAGGUUAACACCUUUCUCUCAUCCUUGUGCUUUUUCAAACCUAGCUGCAAACAAAGAGCAGUAAGACCAGUGGUGGUGAAGACAAACAUUAUUUGUUAGAACACGUGGACGUUUAAUGUAACAUCUUUAUUGGAAAACAGCCAAACACCACACAAGUUCCUGAAAGCAUUUGUUGUUAUUUGAUUACAUGUGAGGAUAUUUGUUUUGUUCCCAUAGGUUUCACUCAGGUUAAUAGAAGUGAAGUGUGUUAAAAUGAUUCAUAUUUCUUUUGAAGCUGCUGGAGUUACAUGAACGUACCAACCCCUUACAAAGGCAAGUUUCUCUUGUAAACAUUUGAUAAAUUUUAUUUUGUUUAUUUUUUUGGUAGAUUGAUUGAGGCCCUCACAGCAUGCUUAGGUGCUGUUGGACUUGCGUCCCCAACCUUGGUUGGUGAGGGUCUCAGUGAUGAAGAUGAUUCCAACCUAAGUAGUGUUACAAAUUCAUGACUCAUCAGUCUCUAGCUUUAUUCUUUUUUCAGGUUUGUUUUUAAUAUUUCCUGGUCAAAAGGGUACCUGUAUGCAUCCUUUGUAAUGCUUUAUGAAUCUGUUGUAAUAAAAUUCAUCUUGAAAUCCAA